AAAGCCCCGCCCCGUCGAAUCUUAACCCUGCGCUGUUUCGGCGGCUGCAUCUUCGGGACUCCGCCCCGCGCGCGUAACUGCAGCCAUGGCGGUCACCCCUCAGGGCGCCCGCAGGAAAGAGCGCGUCCUCUGCCUGUUUGACGUGGAUGGGACCCUCACGCCGGCUCGCCAGAAAAUUGACCCUGAGGUGGCCGCCUUCCUGCAGAAACUGCGAAGUCGAGUGCAGAUUGGUGUGGUAGGCGGCUCUGACUACUCUAAGAUCGCUGAGCAGCUGGGUGACGGGGAUGAAGUCAUUGAGAAGUUUGAUUAUGUGUUUGCUGAGAACGGGACGGUGCAGUAUAAGCAUGGUCGACUGCUCUCCAAGCAGACCAUCCAGAACCACCUGGGGGAGGAGCUGCUGCAGGACUUGAUCAACUUCUGCCUCAGCUACAUGGCCCUGCUCAGGCUGCCCAAGAAGCGUGGAACCUUCAUCGAAUUCCGGAAUGGCAUGCUGAACAUCUCGCCCAUCGGCCGGAGCUGCACCCUGGAGGAGCGGAUCGAGUUCUCCGAACUGGACAAGAAAGAGAAGAUCCGGGAGAAGUUCGUGGAAGCCCUGAAAACAGAGUUUGCUGGCAAAGGGCUGAGGUUCUCCCGAGGAGGCAUGAUCAGCUUUGACGUCUUCCCUGAGGGCUGGGACAAGCGCUACUGCCUGGACAGCUUGGACGAGGACAGCUUCGACACCAUCCACUUCUUUGGGAAUGAGACCAGCCCUGGUGGGAACGAUUUUGAGAUCUUUGCUGACCCCCGCACUGUCGGCCACAGCGUGGUCUCUCCUCAGGACACAGUGCAGCGAUGCCGAGAGAUUUUCUUCCCAGAGACAGCCCAUGAGGCGUGACCGGGGCCCACAUCUGUGCAUUGUGACUUUUGAAAAGUUUGACCCAGGCCUAAAGAGAGGUCCUGCUGUUGGAUAGAUGCCUGGGCCCUUCCUCUGGCCCAGGACGCCUGCUGCAAGGCCCACCCAGAUGGGGGCCAGAGUCUGUGCGGACAACGUCCCUAGCCGGUCAGCUCCUGGUGGCAUUGGCUCCGUCCUCCCAGGGCCCAGAGUGUUCUCUGUGCUCCACCUGGCGGCCCAAGCCACAGCUGCUGCUUGUAAUUCGGUACAGAACAGGUUUUUUUCUGCGCCGGGAGGAGGCAUGCGCAAGUGUCAGUACGAGAUCUAGCCCACUCUGCCUGCACGCCCUGGGCAAUGGGGUACGGUGGGGAAGGUGCCUAUUUUAGAGAACUUUGUCACAGUAUUAAAGUUCCCAGAAUGAAGUAGG